UAUUGGAACAAUAAUUUUAUGACUUCCUUGAUUGUUUCGAGUGUAUUUGAUCAAGCAUGUUAUACCGCAUUUAUUCAUGGUGAAAUUAGUAACGGCCCCUAUGCAAAAGAAAUAAAAACAUAUACCAGACGACAAAGUUCGCCUCGCGGAAUCUUCAAAAGACAAUAUGGCCCAUUUAAAAUUAUUUGUGGAAGAUUUCGAGUGUCAGUUGGAAGGCGAUUUUUGAAUGUAGAACGAAUCCAAUUCGCAAUCGAACGCUUAUCAGAGACGGUAGACAAAAAAAUAUUCGCAUCAAGUCGUAAAACUGAUCAUGGCUCUUUUUCUUGCCGUCAAACCGAUGAAAUAGUUUAA